AUGCAAUUAAUCUUCUUCUUAGUCGGGUUGGUUGUCCCAUUUAUAUCCGCAUUGGUUUUAAAUGCUGGUUCAAACUUUGAUGAUGAUAAUGACAGAUCCGGUAUUAUUUCUUUGGAUUUCCAAGUACAUCAGGUUCCAUCCAAUCGUAAAAGAGGAUUCUACCGCACACAAGAUUUAAUAAACCAACAAAUUUAUUACACGGCUGACAUUUUUGUUGGGAGCAACAAGCAAAAACAAUCGGUUUUGGUAGAUACUGGAUCAUCCGAUCUCUGGAUUAUUGAUUCCAAUAGCUGUAGUAGCAUCACAGAACAGUGUAAAGAAUCCGGUGUUUAUAACCCAAGAACUUCCAAAUCUUCAGUCAAUCUUACUACUCCGUUUUCAAUUCUGUAUCUCGAUCAAUCAUCUGCAGAAGGACACUGGUUCUUAGAUAAAGUCAAGAUAGCUGGUGCGACUAUUAAAAACCAACAAUUUGCUAAUGCCCAUACAAUCACACAAGGUAUAGGUGGUGACAUUGUAUGUGGAGGAACCCUUGGUCUUGGUUUCAAAGGUAAUGAAGUAGCUGACACAGAAUAUGACAACGUGCCUAUUACCUUGAAGAAACAGGGCUUCAUCAAAAAAAGUGCAUAUUCCAUUUAUUUGAACUCUGUUUCUGCACAAAAAGGUUCUAUCUUGUUUGGUGGCAUUGAUCAUGCUAAGUAUACAGGUGAAUUAAUUGCACAACCAAUUGCAGUUGAAGAUUACUUAGCACUUGUUCUAGGUUCUGUUAAAGUUAAUGAUGAAAUUUUCAAUGUUCAUCAACCAGCUCUUUUAGAUACCGGUUCAUCUUGGACAUAUCUUCCACAAGAAAUCGCCGACACAAUUGCGGACAAUCUCAAUGCUACUUGGAUUUCCAGCGAAGAUAACGAAUACUAUUCAGUCAGAUGUGAUAAUGUUAUUGGUAAUAUUACCUAUACUUUUGAUGCUGGUGCUUCCAUCACCGUCCAAUUUGCAGAUUUGGUAUUCCGUGACACCGAUGGCAAUUGUCAUUUAGGCAUUGGAAGGGCUCCAUACUUUAUUCUCGGUGACACCUUUUUGAGACUGGCGUACGCCGUUUUCAACUUGGACGACAAAACCAUUUCAUUGGCCCAAAUUAAGUACACCAACAAAUGUAAAAUUAGAGCAAUUAUGUAG